UUCUCCCAGCUGCACUCCCGGGUGAUUUUCAAUGGCAAGCGCGCCAGUGUUUCACAAAACCGAACAGCCUUGGCCUCAGUGGCCAUGCGAUUCCGAGGAAGAGGUUGAGGCGGUUGAGGUCGUUCAAGCGAGCAGAAAAGGAACCAUCUCGGUUCCCAUCUCGCCGGGGUCAAGGCUCUAUGAAAGGGCAUUUAGUACUGAGACCAAGCAAUGCAGUGUUUCUUCACACGUGGUCCUGCAAUGUGGCGGCCUGGUGCUGGCCAACGGGAAUGAAGAACAGAAACAUGAGACUUAUUCCGAAGAAUUUGAUGGACAAAAAUGGGACUUCUUCAUCAGUCACAAUUGGUCCGUCAAAAGGUGGCAAAAGUUCCUGGCCUUGUGUCUGGUAUGGAGUGGCAAGAAGGCUCUCAUUUUCUGCGUUUGUGCUCAGUUGAUUUUCUUUACACUCGUAUCCACAGGCAUUUUGCCCGUGACCCAUAGCCAAAUUGACGGGCAUGAGAUCAGCAUUUGGUGCAUUGGCAGCUGCCUGGUGACGUAUGCUGCGACAUUUCUAGAGCACCACGAGGUCUUAGAUCUUUUGGGCAUACCUGGCUACCGGAUUUUCCUGGAUAAGGUUUGUGUCGACCAGUCUGAUGACCAGAGGAAGCGCCAGGGGAUCCAGUCCAUCACCGCUUUUCUGUAUCAUUCCGAGGCGUUGGUGGUUCUCUACUCUGAGAUAUAUCUCAAGAGGCUGUGGACCGUAUUUGAACUCACCACGUUCUUAGCCAUGAAGCCAGAGGGUCAGCUUGUGGUGCAACCUGUGAUCCUUGGUCCUGUGGCGGUUUACUUUGUCAUCAUCCAGUGCUUGCGCAUUCCCGAAAUGUUUCUGGUCCCAAUGGCCCACGACCAACUUCUGAGCCUGGAGCUCCUGCCAGCCUUGGGAGCCUAUGGUAUCAUGGCCCUGGAUCUCUUGAGCCUCCUCCUUGGUUCCGUCUUUCUGCGCCGCUGGGGCUGCUCUCGCAGCGGUAUGGCCGAGCAGCUCCAGGGCUUUACCUUCGAGGCUGCGGAGUGCGAACUGCCAGCGGAUCGACUGGAAAUCUUGGGCGCCAUUAAGGAGCUGGCCAGGAGAGAAGGGCUGGUGCCGCGGGAUGCCUCCACAAGGGUUUGUGCCGAGAGUUUCGAGCGCUUGGUACAUGAGAUCGUGCCCAAAAGGAUGGCGGGAGCCUUCCGACUCACUGGGAUCACUUGUCAGAUCGCAUGUCUCAUGUCCUUGCCCUCCAUGGCAUUGGUCUUGGACCUGUCGGCGGUGAGGCUUCGCAGUCUUCGGAGCACGCAGGAUGCAGGGUUGCUUCUUGUGAUGGAAAUUCUGCAAGAUGCCAUGUUCGAAGCCCUGAUGCCAAUCUCCAUUGGGCUGGCUGGAAUCGUGACGGGGAUCAAAGCUGGAAGCUGCUGCCGGGACUUUUUUUCCAUCACCUGUUGCUUUCUCCUCUUGGUGCUGGGCAUUUGGGUGCCAGGCGCCAAUUUGAUGCCGCACCUGGUCUCUUACCUGCCGGGCUCGGAGGUCACACAAGUCCUUCUGCUGGGGUCAAUUUUGACUGCGCAAUGUGUGGUUCUUUAUUUUCUUUACUUCGACCGAGCUCGUCGUUGGCUAUGCUCGUAGCAUCGUCGUAGCAUCUCGUAGCUACCAAUUGGUACAACGCUAUCAAACCCAUAUGUGCCGUGCACAGCUGCUCUAUGUAAUUUGCCACACGCUUCGUGAAGAAAGAAAAUGGAAUUGCUGGCUGGUACACAUCACAGCUUCUUGAACUUAUCCGAAAUGGUUGCAAGUUGUCACAUCUUGUUGAUGCCGAUGAUACAACCUUAUGUAUUCGCAUAUAUUGUUGUUGCACACGCAUAUGCACAGAGUGUUUGCUUAGCAGCGGGCUGACCAUGGCACAUGGCGUGAGACUUUCUAUUGGCUUUGACUUCUUGCAAUUCAAUUGCCCUCCUGUAUAUGCUUCAAUGUUCCACUUACAAGGUCUUAAAAGCCUUUUCCUUCACAAAUCCGAAAAGUUCAGACUUCUUUCCAGAAUUGCGAUGACAGUCACAUCGAGUUUCACCACAACCCAUGAAAAUCCAUGGGUGCAAAUACUUUGGUUCCGUCAUUGGACCGUUUCACCGCAGAUGUCGCGUCGAUGGAAAUG